GCGGAGCUCAACUGAACUGAGAAAGGAACAAAUCAGUUCAUGAAGUGAAUCGGUUCAGUACGUUCACUCAAAAGAUUCGUUUUUUCGAACGAAUCGUUCGCGAACGACACAACGCUAAUGCGCAGAAGCCAACUUGGAAGUGGUCCAUUGAAAGGUUGCUAGCGCGACCUCCUGUACUGUAGAAUGUAGUAUGGACCAUAGGACAGGACGAAGAAGUCCCGUUAAGAAGCUGUGGAGGCCUAAGAUGCUCUACUAGUCUGCUGGAAAUCCAAAGAAGACGAAGGAGUAAAAAGCAAAAUGGCGUUUGACAGAGAAGGACUAAACGUGGCCACUGGCCAUUAUUGUUUCUCUAUUUGUAUUUAGUGCAUACAUGUACGCAUAUAUGUCGUGUAGUAGAUGAAACGUUGUUAGUCAUUGUUUGUAUCCGGAUACAUUAGUCUGAGCGCACUUUAUGUGCUAGCUUAGCUUGCUAGUUAGCUUAGCUUGUUAGCUGCUAUCAAAGAGACGCGGACGUUAUCAACACAUCGCUAAGUAGAGAUCAAAUGUGAGUGUAAAGUGUUGUGAUUGUGUGAAAAUGUGCGAAAGAACGAUAGCAAAGUAUGAGGAGGAACUUUGUCCAACAAAAGAGGAGAAGGAGCGACAACAUCAACUAUUGGACGCUGUUUUCAAGAAACAUCAAGUUGUGUUACACAGAACAGGUACAUGAGUAUUUUAGUGGUAUGGUGUAUCUUCUACACCAGACCAACUGCAAGAAGAUGUACUCUGUCACCUACCAAGAGCCUCCCCACGUUAAGGAAAUGGUUGGUGGAAAGACGUCCAGCAGCCCCCUCACGUUAAAGAGGAAGAGGACGCUCCACAGCCCCCCCCACAUUAAAGAGGAAGAGGAGGAUCCACAGCCCCCCCACAUGAAAGAGGAAGAGGAGGAAGUGUGGAUCACUCAGGAGGGAGAGUGUCUUCUAGGGCAGGAGGAGGAUGAUGUCACCAAGUUUCCACUGACUGUUGUCUCUGUGAAGACUGAAGAGCAUGAAGACAAACCACCUGAGUCCUCACAGCUUCAUCACAGUCCAAACGUCUGUGAAGAACAACUUCUGCCUGAAAAACAGGAGUGUAACUUCAGGAUGGUGAAGGAGGAUCCAUCAAAGAGGAAGACCAGGCGCCACGGACCCUCUGGCGUCUCCUUUUCCUCUUUGACACAGACCCUUCCCUGUAAAAAGGAAGAGGAAGACUCACUGACCCCCCACAUUAAAGAGGAAGAGGAGGAACACAGCAUCAGUCAGGAGGGCGAGCAUCUUGAAGGACUGGUGGAGUUCCCAGUGACUGGUGUCCCUGUGAAGAGUGAAGAUGAUGAGGUCAAAGGUGAAAGUGAGGAGAAGAGAGAGGCGGAGCCUCCAAGCAGCAGCUCAACACAACACAUGACAACAGAAGCUGAUGGAGACCACUGUGGAGGAUCACAAGCAGACAAGCUCAAAGAUGAUAAGACAUGUCACACUGACAACACACACUUGAAAUGUUUUCACUGUGACAAAACCUUUAAAUACCAUUGUCGUCUGAAAAGACACAUGAGAGCACACACUGGAGGAAAACCUUUACUACAAGGUUUUGAAGAAAGUCGCCAUUUGAAAGUGCACGUGAGAACACACACUGGGGGAAAAACUUUUUCCUGUUCCAUCUGUGGUAAAGGUUUUGUAAAAAGUUGUGGUUUGAAAGUACACACAAGAAUACACACUGGUGAAAAACCUUUUUCCUGUUCAACCUGUGGUAAAAGUUUCACACAAAGUCAGGGUUUGAAAACACACAUGAGAGCACACACUGGCGAAAAACCAUAUUCCUGCUCAGAAUGUGGUAAAUGUUUCACACAAAGUCCGGGUUUGAAAACACACAUGAGAACACACACUGGUGAAAAACCUUUUUCUUGUUCAAGCUGUGGCUCAUCUUUUUCAACGAAGGAACAUUUAAAUGUGCACAUGAGAGCACACACUGGUGAAAAGCCUUUUUCCUGCUUAGAAUGUGGUAAAUGUUUUACUCAUCACCGCAGUUUUAAAAUGCACAUGAGAACACACACUGGUGAAAAGCCUUUUUCUUGUUCAAUCUGUGAAAAAGGUUUUGUACACAGUCACAAUUUGAAAGUACACAUGAGAGCACACACUGGAGAAAAACCUUUUAUCUGUUCAAUCUGUGGUAAAGGUUUAGUAGAAAGUCACAAUUUGAAAGUGCACAUGCGAACACACACUGGUGAAAAACCUUUUAUCUGUUCAAUCUGCAGUAAAGGUUUUGUAAAAAGUUGCAAAUUGAAAGUACACAUGACAACACACACUGGUGAAAAACCUUUUACUUGUUCAAUCUGUGGUAAAGGUUUUGUUCUAAGUACAUAUUUGAAAGCGCACAUGAGAAGACACACCGGUGAAAAACCUUUCUCCUGUUCAAUCUGUGGUAAAGGUUAUGUACAAAGUCACAAUUUGAAAGUACACAUGAGAACACACACUGGUGAAAAACAUUUCUCCUGUUCAAUCUGUGGUAAAGGUUUUGUACAAAGUCACAAAUUGAAAGUACACAUGACAACACACACUGGUGAGAAACCUUUUUCUUGUUCAAUCUGUGGUAAAGGUUUUGGUAAAAGUAACUAUUUGAAAGUGCACAUGAGAACACACACUGGUGAGAAACCUUUCAUAUGUUCAAUCUGCAGCAGAAGCUUUUGUCAACGAUCAAACCUUGAAAGACACAUGAGAACACACCCAGGAGAGAAAGUGUUGAGUUGCAGUGUGUGCGGUGAAAGAUUAUCUUCUAAGUACCAGUGUAAGAAACACAAGUGUGCUGGUGAGAACAGCAGCAGCAAAUGAAACUGCAGGAUUAGAAAUAAACUGUCAAGACUUUAAUGUUGACUUUCUAACAACAUCAGCACAUAUAACAUGUGUGACGUUGUUUGUGUAACAAUCUUUUUAAUAUGGUUCUACAUUUAUAGAUUAGAUAUUUUAUAUUGGUGCUUUUUUCAGUCAAGUAAAUGCAUUAAUAUGCAACAUUGUGUACUUUUAUUAAACAUUGAACAGAACAAUUUGACUGAAAAGGUGAGAGUAAACAGUACAAGACAUAUUUUACAUUUUAUGUGUAUAUAUAUAUUCAUAAUACAAUUUUAGACUUAUUCGUAAUAGUGUUUUCUAUAGGUGUUUGAAAUAUUGAAGUAUUACAUAUUAUUUCUAAUUGUUAAUGAUCCCAUAGGUUAGCACCUUUAUAUGAUACACAUAUGUACUGGUUCACAUCUGAAACAUCUUCUGGACCACUUCAGGAAGCAAUUUAUUAUUUACUUUAUACAUCAUUUGAACAGUUGUCUUUUAUACAAUUUUAAAAUGUGUAAUUUUAUGAAUCAUUUGUUGGGUCUCUAUAAUCCAUUUUAUUAAUCAUCUGUAUUACUCUCUUGUAAUAUGAUUGUGUUGUGAUUGUUUUAUAUGUAUGUACUCGGACAUUUAUGCAAUAAAAACAUG